AUGGAACUAAUUUUAAUAGCUCAGCAUUUCUAUACGAGCAAUCCGAUAGAGAAUUAUGAUGAAGAUAGAUGCAGAUAUAUAAAUAGAAAAGCGGUGCAGGCACCUAUUAUUACACUUUAUGGAAGGAUGAGAGAUGGGACGAGGGCGGCAUUGCAUAUCCAUGGGGUAAAAAAUAUUUAUUCUUCCCCUUUUUAGGGGGAGAAAAAAUUCUAUUUUAGGAAAAUUAGCACCUUUCUUUAGUGAGAAAUAAACGAAUUUGUAAUUAAUCAUUAUAAUAAUAUGAUCUUCAGCUAAUUAUAAUAAAUUUUAGAAUAACUUGGAUCUUAAACAUUAAUUUUAAAUUAGAGUAGAUUUUGAUUUCAAAUAUUUAAAUGAAAUUUUUAAUUUAUUUAAAUUGGAAUAAAAGAUGAAAUUAAAUAAUUGACCUUUUUUGGCGAAUAUUUUGCUCACUAGUUAGCCAGAAGGGUGAGUUAGUAUUAUCCUUUUUUCUAUGUGCAAUUACCUAAACCCUUCUGUGAGCAGAAAAGAUCAUUUGAAAAUCCUGCUUUUUGUAAAUUAAACCCCUUUAGUGAAUGGGCAGAAAAUCUUUUUUAUAAAAUAAACAAUGACUCUUAUUAUUAAAUCUCUAUCUUAUUUUAUUGGAUUUACGCAGCUUCCAAAACUUAAAUUUUAUAAAUCUCAUUGUAUUUAGAUUUAAAAAUUUUGAUGUUUUAAAUUUUAAAAGCACCUAUUGAGAGUGAGCAAAGCUAUCAAUGUCAAAUAAGGGAAGUAAAGAUUUUGAGCCAAAUUUUGAAGAAAUGACUGAAAUAUUAGAAAAAGAAAUUAAUUCAGGUAAAAAACAAGGUAUUCCAAUUAUCCACGAUAUGCAGAUCGUUGAGAAAAUUCCAUUUUACGGAUUUCAUACAGAAAAGGUCAGAUUUAUCAAAAUUUCAGUUUACUCAACUGAAAACGUAAAAAAAGUGGCUGAAAUCUGCUGUGAUGGAAUCUGUGGCAUUAGGCUUCAGCCUUAUGAAGCUCAUAUUGACGUUUUUCAGCAGCUCUACACUGAUUACAAUUUUGCAGGAAUGGAAUGAAUUAAAUCCAAAAAAGCCUUUUUUAGGCAGCCUUGCAUUCUUCCCUCAGCUCCUACUCACAACAUCAAUAAAUCCACCUAUUGUGAAAUUGAGGCCGACUGCAUGCAUUAUGACUUAGAAAGGUCUGAAGUCGCCCCUCCUCAUAAUUUUGGACAAAUUUCUAUGCCUUCUAUAUUAGGUAUCUGAUUUGUAAAAAAUAUAUAGAAAGAGUUCGAAAGAAGAAUGAAAAGUAACGAAAGUAUGCAUGAACGUAUAUCAAAACUCCCUGAAAAUUACAAUUUUACAUAUGAUUUUAUCCAAUCUCCUGAGCAUAAACAUCAGCUGCUAUAUUUAAAAUCAUUGCCAAAGGAUAAUUUAGAUAUUUUAAGUGCUAAUCCUCCUACAAAUUACGCAACAGUGAAUAUGGUAGAUGAAGACGAUUAUAAACUAUUAGAUGAUAUUAUUGAUACAUCAAAGCCUAAUUUAAUAGAAAAUAAAAUAAAUGCUGAAAUGAUGAAGCUGGAUUAUAUUUCUCCAGCACAAACGUAUUAUAAUUGAUAUUAAAUUAGAUAUUUUUAUAUUAUGAAAAAAAUUAGUUAAAAUAUUUAUUUUAAAAAUAAUUUAAUUUAGAGGGAUUUACCAUGAAAAAAGACUAAAAGAUUUUACUGAAAGAAUGACAAGUGCAAGGGUAAGGAAAUUUUUUUUCUCGCAAAAUUAUAAUGAAAACUUGAAUUUUUCAAUUGGCUUUGCUUAUGAAUAUUCGCCGCAGCCACCAAAAUAUGAAGAUGUUUUGGAAUCAUCUCAGUACAGCGUAAGAAUAGUAAAUCAACCUUUAUUUUUAGGCACAAAAAAUAAAAUAAUAAUCCAAGGAAUCACAAAUCCAGAAAUCUUAUCAAAUGAAAAUUACAAAAAUCUCCCCGAUUUCGCACAUAAGCUUGCAAAAAAUCAAAUAAAAGCUGAUCCUUUUCAAAAUAGCUAUCUUUAUAAGCCUAUUCCUCCGAAAUAUAAUGAUAUUUUUCAGCUUUCGCAGAGCGAAAGCUCAUUAACUAAUUCACAAGCUAUUAACCUUCAGCCUGUAAAAGCUUAUGUCCCCACCCCUCCUCAAAAAUCCCACAAUUCCUAUGUGACUACCUUUUUUUUAGAAAUUUUUUGUGAAACUCGAGGUUCUCUUCUUCCUGACCCAAAAAUUGACCCUAUAAGAUUUAUAGUCUACAAAGUCCAUGACGACUUAAAUCGAGCUGAAGAAGGGCUUAUCCAGUUUGGUCACAAAUCCUCAUGCUAUAUAAGAAGCAAAUACUCCUUUAAUGUGACUUAUGUAAAUACAGAAAAAUUGCUUAUAGAAUGAAUAACAUUAAAAAUCCAAAAAUCUGAUCCCGAUUUUAUUAUAGGUUUUGAGACUGAGAGAGCUAGUAUUGGAUAUUUAAUGAAAAGGGCAAAAGCUAUAAAAUAUGACAUGCCUUCACAAAUAAGCAGACUUUUUAAGUUUUCUGCAUUUAAUCCUGGCAAAAUAGGUGGACAGAAAAUACCUGGGAGGAUGAUAUUGACUGCAUGAAGAAUUGUGAAGGCUGAGGAGAAUUAUUAUUCUUAUAAUUUUCAUAAUUUGGUGUAUCUGGUAUUAAAUGUGAGGCUGCCUUAUUAUUCAUCAGAAACUUUAACAAGGUUUUUUGCUGAAAAUAGGUAUCUUGUUUAUGAUUAUAUUUGAGACAUUUUAAGCUGAAUUUAUUGAAUAAAGCUAGCAUUAUAAGUCUAAAAGCAUUUUUUAAAUAAAAAUAAACCCUAGUAGAGUCCUAAUUCAGUUGAAAAAUAUAUAGUUCAUACAGAAAAGUUAAUAGACCAUUACACAAUUAUAGAGAGAAAUGUGCUGUUAGCCCAAGUAUACUGUAUGGACCUUCCUAGUGUAUUUACCAGAGGUUCCCAGUACCGAGUUGAAGCUUUAAUGAAAAAAAUUAUUAAAUCUUCUGAUUAUUUGCUACUUUCUGCUAUGAAAUCCCAAAUUCAAUCACAAAAAGAGCUGGAAAUUAUUCCAUUAGUUGUUGAGCCUGAAAAAAAGUUUUGAGUUGACCCAGUUAUUGUCCUGGAUUUUCAGUCUCUUUACCCCUCCCUUAUGAUUGCUUAUAAUCUCUGCUAUUGCACUUGCCUUGGAAAGCUCAAUGCUCAGCCCUACAAAAAAUUCGGUGUAACAACCAUGAAAGGCAGCAUUUAUAGUGGUGAAAACGAUAUAUUAAUAGCUCCAAACAAUGUAGGGUACAUAAAUUGGACCAGAAGGCGAGGAAUUUUGCCUAGAAUGAUGUAUGAGCUAUUACAGACCAGAAUUAUGAUCAAAAAUGCAAUGAAAAAAGUCGAUAAAAAAUCUAUUGAAUAUGUCCAAUUAUUUUCCCAACAGCUAGGAAUAAAACUUCUUUGUAAUACCACAUAUGGAUAUACAGGGGCUGGGCAGUCAGGGAGGAUGCCAUGCAAUGAUAUUGCUGACACAAUUGUGGCGCUAGGAAGAAAAACAUUAGAAGCUGCAAUAUAUUUGGUUGAAAAUAAUCCUAAAUGAGAUGCUAAAGUUAUAUAUGGGGAUACUGAUUCUAUGAUGAUAAAGCUAGGAGGAAGAACGGUAGAGCAAGCUUUUCAGGUAGGAAAAGAAAUUGCCAAUGCAAUUAAUCAGUCAAAUCCUAAGCCUGUAGAAAUCUUGUUAGAAAAAGUUUAUUGUCCUAUGAUAACACUAGCAAAAAAGCAUUAUACAGGCUGAAAAUAUGAAAAACCAGACUCAGUGCCUGUGUUUGAAGCUAAAGGUAUAGAAACUGUCAGAAGAGAUAUAUCUAUUUAUAAUGCCUCGCCUUAAUUUUAUAAUAAAUUGAAAAAUUCAAUAUAAAUUGAGAUAAUUGUCCAUUAUCAGCCACUAUAUUACAAAAGGCUUUAACAGUCCUUUUUUCAAAAGACGUGUCUCAGCUUUAUGAUUUUUUAUGUAACGAAUGGAAUCAAAUUUUGACAGGAAAAGCCAGAAUAAUUGAUUUUAUUUUUCAUGAAAAAGUAUCUCUAGAUGCCUAUAAAAACCCUCCUCCAGCUUAUAUUAUAUCAAAACGAAAAGAAGACCAAGAUAGAAUGGCCAAACCUCUAUGAGGCGAAAGAAUAGGCUACGUCGUUAUUUCAGGAAAACCAGGGGAUAAUUUAUCAGACCAGGUUGUUAGCCCUGAGGAUUUUUUAGCUAACCCUGACUAUCAGCUGAAUAGUUCUUAUUAUAUUGAAAGAAAUCUUAAUACAAUUCUAAACAGACUGCUUGAAACAGCUGGAAUUGAUGUAUUUGCAUGGUACCAAAAAUACCCUAAAAGGAGAGGAAAUACACAACUAUUAAACAAUAAGCCAUUGGCAAAAUCUGGGUCAGCAAGAUUAGAUAGGUAUUACCAGCCUGCACAUUGCAUUAUUUGUAAAUGUAUCUCGCAAACUGAUUUUUGUGAGUCGUGUGGGAAUGAUACACAAAAAUUGAAUUUAGGGAUACAGAUUGUGCUUAAACAAGAGGAAAAAAAAUUGAAAAAUCUCGAUGAUAUAUGUAGAGCUUGUACUGGAUGUGUCAGAGAUAUUGAAUGUAUUUCGUUGGAUUGUCCUAUUUAUUUAGAAAAAAAUAAAAUAAAAAGAGAAUUUGAAGGAAAAUUGCUAAAAAUGCAUAAAAAAUUGAAAUAA